AUGUUUCAGCCCGCACCCAAGCGGUGUUUCACCAUCGAGUCGCUGGUGGCCAAAGACAGCCCCUUGCCCGCGUCUCGCUCCGAGGAUCCUAUCCGGCCGGCGGCGCUGAGCUAUGCCAAUUCCAGCCCGAUGAACCCUUUUCUCAACGGCUUCCACUCCACCGGCAGGGGGGUCUACUCCAACCCGGACUUGGUCUUUGCAGAGGCCGUCUCGCACCCGCCGAACCCGGCCGUGCCGGUCCAUCCCGUGCCCCCUCCCCACGCCCUGGCCGCCCACCCGCUGCCCGCCUCGCACUCCACGCACCCGCUCUUCGCCUCGCAGCAGAGGGACCCCUCCACCUUCUACCCCUGGCUAAUACACCGCUACCGGUAUCUGGGCCAGAGGUUCCAAGGGAAUGAAACCAGCCCGGAGAGCUUCCUAUUGCACAACGCACUGGCCAGGAAACCCAAACGGAUCCGUACAGCUUUCUCCCCAUCCCAAUUACUGAGACUGGAACAUGCCUUUGAGAAGAACCAUUAUGUAGUAGGAGCAGAGAGAAAACAGCUGGCACACAGCCUCAGCCUCACGGAAACUCAGGUAAAAGUAUGGUUUCAGAACAGGAGGACGAAGUUCAAGCGGCAAAAGUUGGAGGAGGAAGGUUCAGACUCACAACAGAAGAAAAAAGGGACUCAUCACAUUAACCGGUGGAGGAUCGCCACCAAACAAGCCAGUCCGGAAGAAAUCGACGUCACGUCGGACGAUUAAAAAAACCCACAAAACUGGCACUUUGGGACUUUUUCAAGCCAGCCACCGCACCGAGAUAAAGUGUUAGAGGCUCACACACCCCGGCGUGGCGGUGCGGGGAAGGGACACCGGGAUCUUCUUCAUCAAAUCGCCAUCCCCGUCUGGGAGGGCAGCCGCGAGCGAGCGAGGGCGAGACCGCGAGAGGUGCAGGCUGGGGCACCGCUGGCACAACUCUGGCAAAGGGGAUCUGUCAAUCAGAGCCAAAACUCCGGGACGAGGUGAUUGACAGGUAUUCCGUUUCUCGCAGUCCACUUUUAAAAACGUAACGUCAAAAAAAAAAAAAUUUCGGAAAAAAAAAAAAAUCUUUAAAAAAAAAUCUUAAAAAGGAAAAAAAAAAAACGAAAAAAAAAAAGAGAGAAAGAAAUAGUACCACCUUGCAGGACGUUUUUUGCACUUCACUGUUAUUUUCCGUCUUUAAAAGAAAAAUUUCCAUAAGCAGCCAAAACCCACACCUGUUUCAGAAACUUGAAUUGCAUGUGUAAAGUCGUCUGGGCAUAAAAAAAAAAAAAAAAAAAAAAAAGGAAAAAAAGAGGAAAAAAUGAAAAAAAAAUACCCCGUUUCCUAAAGACAGAAAUGAAUUGUAAUUUUUCUCCCUUUAAGACAGGUUCUGUGUGCUUUUUAAUUUUAUUUUACGAGAAAUGUGCAGUCUGUAAACAUUUUAUGAUAACUUCUGGCGUCAAAGUGUUUGUGAAAGCUAAAUGAAGUAGCAGUAACAAAGCAUAGUGUUCCUUCCCGAUGGACAAACACGGGGGGGCAGGGGAGGGACGGGGGGGCUGGGGCUGGUGAUAACUUUUUCUGCCAAAAAAAAAAAAAAUCAAAUUAAAUUACCCCCCCAUCUCCCUCCCCUCCCCAGUUAUAUCCCCGCCGUGAAAACGGCCGGUGAUUAUUUUUUAGCACAACUAAAGCGCAAACCUAGCCACCAGGUUUGGCGGUGGGGACACCUCCCAGGCUGGGGGGAUCCAGAGAAAAAGGACUUAAAAAAAAGGACUUAAAAUCGCGGAUUGAUUUUUUUUUUUUUUCCUAAUGGCCAUUGGGGCAAUUUUCAAGCACUGACCUUAUAACGUUCCGAGACCAUAGAGCUACUAAAAAAGAAAAAGAAAAAAAAAAAAAAAGAAAAAAAAAGUGACAAAUGUUUCCUUCAUGUCUUCUAUACCAGAAUGUAAAUAUUUUUGUGUUUUGUGUUUAAUUUGUUAGAAUUCUAACACGCUAUAUACUUCCAAGAAGUAUGUCAUUGUCAAUAUUUUGUCAAUAAAGAUUUAUCAAUAUGCCCUACAA